UGUUUUUUGGCGUAUUUAAAGGCUUAGGCUCGAUCGGAUGGGCGGUGUCAAUUACAGCAACUGUGCCCUAUCUUUUGUUAAUAAUACUUCUUCUGAGAGGCAUUUCACUCAAGGGGGCAUAUUCAGGACUUGUAUAUUUGUUUACGGUAUUAUAAUUGUCGUGGGUUUUACUUAAUUCAUAGAUACCGGAUAUAAGAAGGCUUUGGUGCUUGAGGAUUUGGAGAAAAGCGGCAGAAUGCGUCUUUUACUCAUUGGGCAUAGAUGCCGGCAUCCUUUAGCAGAUACCGAAACAAUAUAUAUCGAGAUGCGGUUCUUCUUGUUAUCAUGUUUGUCAUCAUAUUAUUAUUGAUUAUUUGGGCCGAGAUACAUAAAUAUAUAUCAAAUUUAAUUCUAUUCUUCAGAGACUCCUUUACAAGUAUUCUAUGUGGAGUGGUAAUCUUCUCAUUCUUCGGAUUUAUGACUUCAGCUCAGGGCAUCCGUAUUAGCGACAUUCAAGACCAACUUACUUCUCCUUCAACGUACAUUGCAUUCACAGUGUAUCCCGGUGUGACUUAUUAUUUGGAGUGGGGCUUCAUAUGGGCUGUUCUUUUUUACACAGUUUUGACUCUUUCUUUUGCUUCAAUUUAUGUAUUUGAUCCAUUAUUCACAAUUCAGUUAAUUUCACUAUGUAUUUUCUGUUGUCUUUGUGGCAUCCCCUUUUGUACUCGCGGCGGGAUAUAUAUUUUUCAUGCAAUCGAAAAUCUUAAUUCAAACUGGAAUUCAUUUUCUUUAUCGCUUGUACAAGUACUUGUUGUUUGCCAUGUUUAUGGUGUAGACAAUUUCCUCGAAGACAUUGGUGAAAUGUUGCGUGCAGAAAAACCGCCACGUCCUGUUCUUAUUACGGGCAUAAGCCGAGAACAGUUUCUUUGGCAUAGAUUUUGUUACUUCUUUGGUCCAUGCGGUGGAUAUAUCAAAUGGAUGUGGAGUUUAUUUGCACCCAUUGUCCUCAUACUUUUGUUAUUUGCAUCCAUCUUGAGUUACGAGAGGGUACGCUUUAAUAACGUAGAAUUGCCAUUUGUUUUUGAAAUGAUCGCUUGGAUUACGAUGAUUGGGUAUGUGCAAUACAUGAUUAUUAGAAUUAAGCGUACGAUAUUUUAUUGA